AUUCCGUAGUCGCAUGCGCCUUUCACUGUGAAAGACUUCGCGGGAAGACGGCAAAUUCUGAGGCACUUGCAGAUAAACAUAUUGUGAGCUUAAUGUCAAUUAAUCUCAGAAUAUAGGCUAAUACAACAUCAACAUGAGUUUAUGGGUGGAUAAGUACAGACCUACAUCUCUAGCAAAACUGGACUACCACAAAGACCAGGCGAAUAAACUGAAAAACUUGGUACACUGUGGAGACUUUCCUCACCUCCUAGUUUAUGGUCCGUCUGGCGCCGGAAAGAAAACUCGCAUAAUGUGUUUGCUGCGCGAAUUGUAUGGCGCAGGUGUGGAGAAGCUCCGCAUCGAGCAUCAGUCUAUCACAGCGCCUUCAAAGAAGAAAAUAGAAAUAAACACAAUAGCAAGCAACUAUCACUUGGAAGUGAAUCCUAGCGACGCGGGCAACAGUGACAGAGUGGUGAUACAGGAGCUGAUAAAAACUGUGGCGCAGUCUCAGCAGAUUCAGUCUAGCACGCAGAGGGAUUUCAAGGUGGUACUGCUGACUGAGGUGGACCGACUCACCAAAGACGCCCAGCAUGCGCUGCGCCGCACCAUGGAGAAGUACAUGUCCACGUGCCGCCUGAUUCUCUGCUGCAACUCCACAUCCAAGGUCAUCUCCCCCAUCAGGAGCAGAUGUCUGGCUGUGCGGGUUUCCUUGCCCAGUGUGGAAGAGGUGUGUAGCGUCCUGACCAGCGUCUGCAAGAAGGAGGGGCUGCUGCUCCCAACCGAGCUGGCCAAGCAAAUCGCAGAGCGGUCGGGCCGCAACCUGCGCAAAGCCCUGCUGAUGUGUGAGGCGUGCCGCGUGCAGCAGUACCCCUUCUCGGCCGACCAGGAGAUCCCCGAGACCGACUGGGAGGUGUAUGUGCGGGAGACGGCCAACGCCAUCGUCAGCCAGCAGAGCCCACAGCGGCUGCUAGAGGUGCGCGCCCGACUGUAUGAGCUCCUGACCCACUGCAUCCCACCGGAGGUGAUAAUGAAGGGGCUGUUGACGGAGCUGCUGAGCAACUGCGACGGGCACCUCAAGGGUGAGGUGGUUCAGCUGGCCGCCUAUUAUGAGCAUCGGCUUCAGCUUGGCAACAAGGCAAUCUACCACCUGGAGGCCUUUGUGGCCAAGUUCAUGGCUAUCUACAAGAAGUUCAUGGAGGACGGCUUGGAUAAUUUCAUGUUCUGAGUUAUUGUGUCGCAGCACUCAAAGACUGCAUUCAGGUCACUGGAGUUAAGCAGUGGUUGCUGUUAGCACUUGUCGAUACGAAUGGGAAAGAAUGGAGCUAAUGUCACAUCCCACAUCAACAAGCAGCCCCAUCAUCCUAUCCACAAAUUAUUAAUUGUUAGUAUAUCCUAUCCACAAUUUGUUCAUCAUAACGGUCUUUGUUGUGUAGUGACAAAUGCCAUUAACUAGCAUUUUCUUCCAUUGUGAAUAGGAAAAAAUAUAUUCAUAACAUAACCAAAUGUUUUUUUUGAAGGUCAGUCUUUCAUCAGGCAUUCAACCAAAUGAAUGAAAAAGGGCUUUUAAUAGUGUGCAUUAAGUGAUACAAAUAUGUAUUUCUCGUGUUCAUGUUAGGCUGUGAAAUUCAAUAAACUGAGACCUUUUCCCACUGCA